AUGCUGGCAAUCAAUGGCUCUCUAGAGGUGAAGUGCAACUACACCGACUUCAGGCCGAGAGUCAAGGUUGUCAUAGGAGCCCGAUACUCCGAGGUGUCCAUCGCCGUGGCCAGAUUGCUGAAUGUUUUUUUUUUGUCUUCUCAGCUGAGCAGCUCAUCAUCUUCACCGCUCCUGAGUGAUAAGCAGCGCUUCCCAGUUUUCAUGCGUACUGUACCCAGUGAUAUACAUCAGACCAAAGCUCUGGCCAAAAUGAUGGCUUACUAUGAGUGGAACUGGGUUGGGGUUGUGUAUGGGGACGAUGACUAUGGCAAAGCAGCUUUCCAGAGCUUUCUUAGGGAUGCAGAGGCAAAUGAUGUUUGUGUGGCCUACCAGGAAGUGUUGCCUCAUGAUCUUGAUCAUUCCAACAGCGAGGAGCGUAUAAAACAGGUUGCCCAGAUGAUCCGCUCUUCCAAAGCCCAGGUAGUACUGCUAAUUCUCAAAUCAGCGCUCGUGAAGGCCCUCUUCAGGGAAAUGGUUAAGACCAACACAUCUAGGGUUUGGAUUUCCAGUGAUGCCUGGUCCAGGAGCUCAUCCGUUGCCCAAAUGGAGGACAUCAACAAGGUUGGGGACAUCUUGGGUUUUACCUUUGUUUCCUCCAGGAGUGAAUCGUUUGAUAAUUAUCUCAAGAAUCUUACAGUAACUCCAGGAGGAUACAACCACUUCAUUGAAACAUACAAGAACCUGAGAUUCAACUGCUCCUCAGAGUGUUUCUCAAGCAAUCCUCCAUCCUACUGUGCUGAUAUCUUGAGAUUUAAAUCUCGCAGUGCAUGCAAUUUCAGAGACCCCCAAGAGCAAAAUGAUGACUAUCUUGUGAAGGCGACUGAUACAAGCGAACCCUUCCUGCACAGAGUAUCUGUCUGGGCUGUGGCAAAUGCUCUCAAGAAGCUGCUAAAGUGCAACAGUUCCUCAUGCUCAGGGGACAUUAACUUUCCACCAUGGAAGCUGCUGAGAGAACUGAAAAACGUUACAUUUGAGUUCCAGAACCAAAUGUUCUUCUUUGAUGAACACGGUGACUUCGUAAAUGGUUAUGAUCUGGUGAGGUGGGAAAAGGAUGGUCUACGCAGAAGAAUUCAAAGAUUUGGGAGAUACCAUAUCCCUGAUGAAAAAAUAGAACUUGAUGUCAAAGAAACCACCUGGCUUUCAACAGAUAAUACAUCGACCCCUCAGUCCAGAUGCUCUGAGAGUUGUCCUCCUGGUUAUGUAAAGAAGAUCUUGAACAUGUCCUGCUGUUAUAACUGCACCAAGUGCGGGGAGGGGACCUAUUCAGAUGCUUGGGAUCUCCAUAACUGCAAGAAGUGUCCCAAUGGAACUUGGUCUCUGCAGGGUUGGACGAAAUGCGAGCCAAGAUCGGAGAUUUACCUGCGUUGGGUUGAUCCUCAUCCGAUCACCAUCAUAGCAGCUGCUGCCUUUGGCGUUUUGCUCUUAAUCAUCACUUUCAUUAUAUUUUUGGUGUACAGAAACUCCCUACCCAUGAAAAAAGCUGAGGUGAGAUUGUCCUGUGUGAUGAAGUUCGGUCUGGCGGUGAGCUUUGCGAGUGUGAUAUGCUUCAUGGGUGAGCCCAAUGUGCACCUCUGCCGGGCUCGCCAGGUCAUGUAUGCCAUGGGUUUCACUCUGUGCGUGUCCUGCAUCCUAGUUAAGGCCUAUCGUACCUUCCUGGCUUUCCUGCCCUUUGGUCGGAUCACAAACAGGCGACUACACAAACUUUACAAGCCACCCGUGAUUGUCAUUGUGUUGACAGCUCUCCAGGGGAUCAUCUGUCUUUUCUGGCUGAUCUUUGAUUCUCCCGAUAUUGAUGACAGGCCUCCAUCCCCACAAAGCAUGAACAAAAUGAUACAAUGUUCAGAAGGAAAGACAUACAUAGGUUUUGGGAUUAUGCUGAGCUACAUCGCUCUGCUAGCUUUGGUUGGUUUUCUUUUGGCUUUCAAGGGUAGGAAGGUUCCCCAGGAGUUCAGCGAAACAGGUUACAUAAUUUUUAGCAUGCUGAUGUACUUGUUUGUAUGGGUGUGUUUCAUCCCAGUCUAUAUUACCAGUACUGAAGAGAGCACUACUGUGCAGCCUUCAGCCAUUCUAGUAUCCAGCUAUGGCGUCAUUUUCUGUCAUUUCUUACCCAAGUGCUACGAAGCACUUUGGGGGUCAAAGACCGAUACACUAGAGAGUAUCCUGAGGAGAUGGCGAGUUAUCUCGGGUCCAAGUCUUGAUGCAAUGUCAGAAACAGACAAAGAUACCCCUACGAUGAAUACAGCGUCAGAAAACAGUACCAGGGCUUCGGUGUCAAGUAUUUCAACUGUACUGAGUAGCUCAGAGACACUACCAGUAGUCAGCCCUACUGAUACAGAAAUGGCCAUGAACCCUAUGUCUAAAGAAAAGAUUCUUCCCUAUCCACUGUUUAUUAGGCAAGUGACAAAACUAAGACACAGACGCAGGAGUCAAUCCUUUUGAAAGUGCUUCCAGGGGAAUUUAUUUUGUUCAGAUGUGCGUUUUGUUUUUUUUCAAUUGUUUAAGAGAUCAUUUGUUUAUGAAAUUCAUGUAAAUAUGUUUUCUACUGAAAACUAUUGUAUACUUCUAUAUGUAGAAGACUGAAGAUAAUUAAUUUGUUUUGCUUCCAGCACAAUGUUUUUGCUCAAUACUUGUUUGUGAAUUGUUUUAUAUGUGCACUGUUCUUCAUUCGUUUUAACACAAAGACGGCAGCUCAAGAGGUCAACAGGGUGACAACAAAGACUGUAGCUAUGCUUGAUCUGGCAUUCUUGGUUUAAAGGUGGUGGGAUGGUGUGAAUGUUGUGUAAAUAUAUCUUAUGCAGUCACAUUUUUUGAUGUAUUUAUUUUAUUUUUGUUAUGAAAUUAACUCUUUUUUUAUGUAACCGUGUGUUUGCCUAUUUUAAAUGAAUCAGUGCAAAUAUUGUAUCAUCAUUUUUCACAG